CUGAUCGAUGCGUUUCUCCCCUUGAGGUUUCUCUGGCCCUCUGUAGCGUGUGAAGGCCACAAGCAUGCCCACCAUCCAUCCCGCUCUCGCCCAAACGACUGACUAGACAGACAGACACAUGGCAUCGCUCGGCACCACAACAGAGGCUGCAGCUGCAGCCGCAGCAGCUGGGGGAGAGCCUGCAGCACAGCCUGCAGCAGCAGCUGCAGCAGCGGCUGCCGCUGCACCAUCGCAGGCACCUCCUCCCGGGUUCGGCGCGGCGGGCCUCGUUCGUGAGGAUGAGUGGCGGUGCGACGGUUGCAGGACCCCGAACAAAGAGACGGAUCUCAAGUGUGUGGCAUGCGACGACGUCAAGCCGGGGCUGGACCAGGAGGAGGUUGAUGCCGCCGUCCGCAAGCAGCAGGAGGACCUCAAACGACGCUUCCUCGGCUUAGGCAGCGGCGCUGGUGGAGGUGGAGGUGGGGGAGAGGGGGGUCUCCCCGCUCGGCCGCCGGGAGCAGUCUUCCACCCUGCCCCUGUGGUAGGUCAGCAGCCGUCUGUUCAAGUGCCGCCUCCCACAGGCGCGGCGCUCUUCGGGUGGCGGCCUCCAACCGCCGCUGCCGCCGGCGGUGGUGGUGGUGGGGGUGGUAUUGCGUUGUUCGGCCGUGGUGCUGGGGAGGCAGAGUUCCGCCUGAGGUCCAACGAGAAGACGCCCAGGUACGGGAGGGAAGCCACAACACGACCCCCACCGAUUCGUAGCGUGUGUGCAUAUCUCUUCCCUCCCUCGGUGUCUGUCUGAUGCAUUUGUCUGUGCAGUUUCGGUCCACCAGAGGAGCCCGCAGCAGCAGCAGCAGCUGCCGCGGCCGCGGCCCCUCCCCCCCAAGUAGAGAGCAACGAUGCCGCCAACCCUCCCCUCUUUGUGUUUGGCGCUAACCAGAACCAGCCGCCUCCGCCCCCCUCCCUCGACCCAAUGCCCGGCGAGCUCUUCGCAGAUCAGCUCCAGCAGCAGCCUGCCGCUGCAGCAGCACCAGCAGGGUGGGUGCCGGUGUUGGCCCCCGCCCCGGGCGCCCCUGUUGUUGGUCUGAAGAGCGGUUUGCGUGUGCCUGAUUUGAGCGUGGGGGUGUUGGAUUUGGGUGUUGAGGAGCAGCGGAUUGUCAAUGGGGUAGCGGUGCCGCUGGGAGAAGUAUUCUCGCAUGGAUCUGGUAUGUAUGGGGGGAUUGGGAUGCAACUGAGCGCACACACGAAUGGAUGGAUGGAUGGACGGAUGGAUGGAUGGAUCUCUGUGUUGGUGGUGUGUGUGUCGUGUGUUGCAGGUGAGUGUGAUCAGCUGGGUUUGGGGGACACUAAGCUGCAGAGGAAGAAACCUGACCUAAUCAAAGUACGUUUCAGCCACACCACACCCAUACCACACAAACACACGUGUGUUGAUAUCUGAUGCUUGUAUUGGCCUCUGUGUGCGUGUGUGUGUGUGUGUGUGUUUAGGAGUUGGAGGGCGAGGAGGUGUGGGAGAUAGCAGUGGGCGGCAUGCACUCAGCAGCGCUCACCAAGAACGGAAAAGUCUGGACCUGGGGUGAGCUGAGCUGUCACACAGACAUCCACGCCCUCGCACACCGCCCCAGGCACACACGCAUGACAUGACAUGUGUGUGUGUGUGUGUGUGUGUCCAUUGGUUUGUUCAGGGUGCAACGACGACUACGCACUCGGCCGUGACGGAGUGCAAAACCGACCCGGUGUGCUCGAGCUGGACAUCACUAUCAAGAUCAAGAAGGUAACCCCACACACGCACCACACCACACCACACCACACCAGCACAGCCAUCCCUCCCUCCCUCCCUCUGUCCCUCUGUUCCUCUGUCCCUCUGUUGAUCGUCCCAUCACCCGACCAGGUGGUGUGCGGCGACAGCCACAGCGCCGGCCUCUCCUUCACCAGACACGUCUACCUAUGGGGCUCCUACAAGGUAGGUGCCUACCACACCCACCCCACACAGACUCACAAACGCCCCCGCAUCCCUCUCUCCUCUCUCCUCUCUCCCUGUGUGUGUCCUGUUGUCAUGUGUCGUGUGUCAGUGCAACGACUUCCACAUCGGGUUCCCCCAUCGGGAGGUCAAGGUCACGGGCCUCCCUGAGGGCGCGUCGGCCACCAGGGUGCGGCAGUUCUUCGAGAGCAAGCUGCCGGACGUCGCAGUGCAGGAGGUCCGCCUCGACAGAGACAGUGGGUACGCUCGUCGGCACCAUGCCCUGCACACACAACACAGGGAGAGACAGAGAGAGAGGCUCUGUUUUGCGUGUUGUUGUGAGUGAUGUGUUUGUGUUCAGGAGUGCGCGUGUGUCCUUUGUGGACGAAAGCGCUGUGGAGAAGGCCGCCGGCCUCGACAACGAAGUCGUCACGGAGGACACAUUCCUCGACUCCACCACACAAGAGGACCAAAAGGUGACCAUCCCCCCCGCCCCACCCACACCGACACCGACUCACACAUCUGCCUUCCCAUCUCUCUCUGUCUCUCUCUGUGUGCGUGUGUGUGGGGAAGGAGUGUCGCAUCCGCGUGUCGUCAUGUCUGUGUGAGAAGCAGCGCGUGCCCGUGAGAGUUCCCCAUCUCGACAACAUCCAGCAGCUCGCAGCCGGCAACAACCACACCAUCGCCCUCCGGGGCGACUCAGAGGUGAGUGACCCUCUAUCUGCCCAUCCACCCACCUCGCACCCUCCCCUCCCCCCCGUCUCUCUCUCUCUCUCUCUCUGUGUGUCUCUUUGAGUAUGCAGUUGUAUGUGUGGGGCAACAACGAGUUUUCUCAGCUGACCUUCCCCCCUCUCCGGCCCGCAGACGACGAGGAGGCCCGCAGUGACGGAUUCCAGAAGCGCAAGCGCACCGCAGCGCGGGAGCUCCUGUACCCCAAGAAGCGCACACUCGCCGAGUAAGAGAGAGAGAGACGCGGGGGAGAGAGAGAUGGAUAGAUGUCAUUUGUCUGUGUGUCUGUCUGUCUGUCUGUGUGUCUGUCUGUGUGUGCAGGCUGGGCAUUGGUGCGUCGUGUGGGUCGAUCAGCCGAGUCUUCGCCUCGGCCAACUGCACCUUCCUCGGUGUCAGGACCACCAACGGCGUAUCGAAGCUCUACGGGUAAGUCACAACACAGACACACACACAGUGGACACACACACACAUACGGCUCAUGUGCGUGUGUGUGUGUGUGUUGGUGCGCUGUGAGUUCAGGUGUGGUUCGAACUCAUGUGGUGAGGUGGGCAUCGGGACGCAGAGCGAGACGGUCGACGAGAUGACCGAGGUAGCAGCGCUCCGCGAUAAGGACGUAAGCACCGCCUCUCUCCAUCCAUCCAUCCAUCCAUCCAUGGGUGUGCUGUCUCUCUCUCUCCUGUGUGCAGGUGGUUCAGCUGUGCGGCGGCAGUUUCCACACCGUCGCCCUCCUGCGCGACCGCCUCGACGCCAGCGACGGCACCGUCAUGUCGUGGGGCAAGGGUGCGUACUCACACAUGGACGCGCGCAUGCAUACUCAUGCAAUCCCAUCUCCCUCUCUCUCUCUCUCUCUGUGUGUGUGUGUGUGUGACCAGGUGAGUGCACUGGCACCGGUCGCUCGGGUCAGGACAAUGUGCUAGAGCCUCGGGAGAUCUCUGUAGAGGUACGUUUGUUUCGUUUAGUGGCUGACGAAGAGAGGGAGGGAGGGAGAAACACGGACACGGACAGGCAAUCACGCCCUCCCUCUCCCUCCCUCUCUGUGUGCGCGCGACCAUUCAUUCACACCACACAGGGAGUUCGUUUCCGCACUAUCGGCGCUGGAGCCACACACACGCUCGCGACCACCCGCGCGGGCGAUGUCUUCUCAUGGUGCGCACUCACAUGGACACACACCCAUCCCCUUCAUCGGUGCCUUAUCUGUGUGUGUCUCUUCUGUGUGUCUGGUGGUGUCAUGUCAUGUCAGGGGUGUUGGCGUGAACCAUCAGCUUGGGAACUUGACGCAGGAGCCGACGGACGACGCGGCCUACGUAGAGUUGAAGCCCCAUCGCAUCGAGUCCAUGAAACUAGCGGACAAAUUCGUCCUGAAGGUAGGUACCACCACACAACACACACCCACACACAAACGUGCAAACGUCUCUCUCUCUCUCUCUCUCUGUGUGUGUGUGUGUGUGUGUGUGUGUGUUGGCUCCAUUACCCAUCCAUCAGGCCGACGGCGGUGCGCAACACUCUGUCGAGUUGGUAAGACACACACUGCACAAACACAACAGCACUUGCCCCUCAUCUGAUUCCACUUGUCUCUCUGUCUGUCUGUCUGUGUGCUCCACCCCGCCCCCACCACAUACGGCACACAGGCGUGGACCGGCAAGACCGACUUCCUCCGCGGCGAAGCGCCAGAGGCGGUGGUGGCCCCUGCAGCGGCAGCGGCAGCAGCAGCUGCUGCAGCUGCACCUGUCGUGCCGCCGUCUCCCCCUCCCGCAGUGUCACUCCAGCUCAAACGCAAGCGCGAGGAGGAGGACAAGUCGCCGUCGCCCAAGAAGCCCCGGUUCGGCCACCUGACGGCAGCUGCUGCCGAGAUGGAGGAGGAGAUGGACAUGGCCCCCGCACCACAGCCCCUGCCCCCUCCAGCCAUACCCGAGCAGCAGGAGCAGCAGCAGCAACAGCCCCCCGCACCAUCCGAUGUCGACAUGGCCGAGGCCGAGGCAGAGGAGCCGCAGUUGCCGCCCUUCGCACCGAUGACGGCUCCGCCUGCCGUGGGUGUUCACGAGGCUGCUGCGGCUGCUGCUGUUGCCCCGCCAGGGGGCGACGAGGAGAUGGCCGCACCUUCGCCACAACCACCGCCCCCCGCUGCUCAAGAUGAAGACGAGGACCAAGAGAUGGCGCCUGCGGCCCCUCCAGAGGAGGAGCACCCACUACCCCCACGGGCCCCUCCUGGCCCUCCUCCUGUUCCUGAGCCAUCCCAGGAGGCUCCGGAGGCUCCCCAAGCACCGCCAGCCGCCGAGGAGGCCGAGCAGGAGGCUGCUGGGGCGGGAGAGGAGGGGGCUGAGGGCGGCGGGGAGCAGCUCGAGCAGCCUGCUGGGGGCGUUGAGGGUGCGGAGGGCGGAGAGGAGGAGGCUCCAGCUCCCGCGGUGCCCAAGGCCAAAGGAAAGGCCAAGGGGCGCGCCAAGGGCAAGGCCAAGGCGGGGCGCGCUAAAGCCAAGCGCGCCCCGCGCAAGACCAGGGCUGCUGCAGCUGACGACGAUCACGAGGAGGAACAGGAAGAGGGGCAGGCUGCAGCAGCGGCAGCAGCAGCAGCAGCUGGUGGUGGGAUGGGGGAGGCCGCUGGUGCGGCAGUUGGAGAGGGGGAUGUAGAAAUGGCCGAAGGAGUUGGAGGAGAGGGCGAGGGCGCUGCGGGCGAGGGCGAGGGUGCGGCAGCUGCCGUGGCUGGCGAGCAGCAGCCUGAGGAGCCACAGGAAGAACACGAGGACGAGGAGGAAGAAAAAGACAAACCAGAGGAGACGGAAGAGGAGGCUCCCGCCCCAGCCGCAGCAGCGGCCGCUGCUGCUGGUGGUCGCCCUCGCCGUAAAGCCGCGCAGAAGCCCUCAGGUCAGAAACAACUUACACACAUGAACGCAUCCACCCACUCGUUGAAUGACACCCCCCGUAUGUCCGUCUGUGUGUGUCUGUGUGGAUUGUUCAGCUGCUGCUGGUGUUGGUGAAGGGGAGGAGGAGGAGGAGGCAGCCGGCGGGCGUCGCGUCAAGAAGCCCGUCGGCAAGACCAAGGCCAAGAGCAAGGCGGCGAGCAAGGCUAAGGCGAAGGCCAAGAGCGGCAGUAGUGCUGCGGUGGCCGCGCGGCCGAAGCGGACGGGGGCGAGGAGGCAGCCGCCACCUGACGAGGAGGCAGAGGACGAGCGCGAGCAUGACGAACAAGCAGAGAACGAGGAGGCGCCGCCCGCCCCGCCUGCGCGUCCGCAGAGGCCCCGCAGACAGGCCGCACAGAAGCAGCAGAAAGGUGCGCCGAAAGAGAGGAGAGGCAGCGUGUGGGUGGUCUUGUUCUGUGUUCCAUGGAUGGACUCUUUGUGCUGUGCUGUGCUGUGUUGCAGACGUAGCCGAGGAGGAGAAGGAGGAGGAGAAGGAGGAGGGCGAGGCCGAGCCAGUGGCGGCGGCUGCUGCUGCUGCGGCCGCCAAGCCCCCACCAGCACCGAAGAGGGCCGCCAGAGCGAAACCGAAACCCAAAGCACAGACAGAAGGUCAGUCAGUGAAAGAGUGCGACAUCCGCCCAACCACUCAUUGAUUCUCUCUGGUUGCAUCUGCUCAGCCAAGGCCAAGCCGAGGCCUCGUAGGGCUGCCGCGGCCGCUGCACACCACGACCAACACGAAGAGGAGGAUGAAGACGAGGACGAGGGCAAGGAGGAGGGUGGAGAGGAGGAGGUCGCGCAGCCUGCCGCUGCUGCUAAGGCCAAGGCCAAAGCUAAGGGCAAGAGUGCGGCUGCCAAGAAGGCCGCUGCCAAGGCCAAGGCCAAUGGGAAAGCACCAAAGCCUGCAGAGGAGGAGGAGGUACGCGAGAGGGAGAGAGAUGUAGCUCACCCACAUCAACCGGUCGGUGGAGGGACGGUCGUCAUUUGUGUGUGUGUGUGUGUGUGUGUGUCAGGAGGAUGAGGGUGAGGACGAGCCCGUGGCGGCCCAGCCCAAGGCUAAGGCGAAGGCGAAGGCCAAAGGUGCGUGGGGAUGAACAGACAUGGGACCAUUCAUUGGGUCGAUGGAUGGACAGAUGGAGGGAUGUGUGGGUGUCAUUCAUGUCAGGCAAGGCGAAGGGCAAAGCGAAGGCCAAGGCUAAGGCCAAGGCCAAGUGACGAUACAUACCCACACACGCAUCGAUCCACCUACCAGGUAGGUAUAUAUGUCAGACAGACAAGUGCACAGGUCGAGCGUCGCAUCUCAUGCACUCAUGUCCGUCUGUCUGUCUGUCUGUCUUCGCUAUGUGUGUGUGUAUCAGGGGCCGUCGGGUGGUGAUAUACUUCUCCGUGUGUGUGUGUGCGAGUGACACCUAUGGUACCUAUGGUUCGAUAGAGGCGGGAUGAGUGAGUGGGUCGAUGGCCGACGGACGGACAGACUGCGUGUGGUGGCUCACACACCAUGCAUACUACCACACCACACCACACGACAUUGCAUGCCAUCCCAUCCCUCUGCAUGGCGCUGCAUUUCACUCAUCGCAUGCACUGGGUGGGUGCAUCCAUCUAUCUAUUGGGUUGGAGAAUUGCGUGGAAUCAAUGCCUGCCGGCCGUGGCUGUCCGUCUGUCCGUGUCUGUCUGUCUGGCCAUCUGCAUCGUACAGGGCUAACCAAGCUGGCUGGCUGUUUUCAACGCCUGGCUGACCGACUGGCUGUCUGUCUCCUUCCUCGCCUGAUGGUUGUCUGAUCGUUUAGACCCUGAUGGACUCGCAUCGUCCUCUGGAACACAGACAACGCCGUUCUCUGGGUGGCGAUGAAUCAAGACCACUGGGGCAG